AUGGCUUUGGAGCAUCGGUUCACCAAACUUUCCCUACACGAGCAGGGGAAGGAGAUGGUCUCAGGCUCAUCGCGUCCAAACGAUCCGAACGGCAGACCAUACGAACUCGCCGUCAAACCAGAAGACUUUCCAAUAAUCCCCGACCCCGGCGUCUUUAAGUUUUCGAUGACAAAAAAUGUCAACAACAAGCUUUCAAAGAGACAGACAGCUCCGGAUUUGGCUCUGCCUACUCUGUCUGAAUGCGCAGCUCACCUCGAAUUCCUCGAGACGCUCUUCAUCUUGAGGCAGAAGAUACUGGUUUCCAAAGAGUUGGAUGAUGUGAUGCAGACUAAACCUGUGAGGGAGACCAAGACCGGUACUCAGGGAGAUGAGAAGACGCUCAAAGACGAGAAGCUUUGGGAACGACGACAAGCGAAGUGGCCGAAGUUCGUUGAGCUUGCUACAGUUCGCUUUCUUGCCUGGCGAGAACAUUUCAACAAAUCUUCGGAAAGAGAAGUCACACGAGACAAUCUUCCGCCUCUCGAUAUUCUCAUGGUCUGGCACUCGUUUCUUCUCAAUCCCCGACUAUUCUCCAACACAUGUUCAGAAGAACCUCUCUUCUCAGUCAAGUUUCCUUGGAAACAUAUUCACAACGCUAUCGAUAACGCAGAAUGGGCUUUCACCUUGCCGCCAGCGGCAGCAGCAAAUUAUGAAGAAGCAUCUGGUUUUGCACCAAAUCUCUUCAACGAUAUCCUUUCAUGGAAAGGCCUUACAAACUCUACGCUUGUGAACAUGUCGAACACUGGUUUUGGCGGCAUUGGCUAUAAGCCCGUCAUCUACGAGAGCCCAUGUAAAGAAUACUCACAGCUCUUUCGAUACUGUGACUUGGAAUUGGCCAAGCAGCUCAGGGAUGCUGUUAUUCGUCAGGCAUCGUUUGUUGAUAAGAUGAAUUCCUUCAUGUGGAUACGCAGUCCUGCUCUCGAGGGGACGAUCAGACGGGCUAUUACGCGGUACCUAAACUUCUGCAAGCUUCUUAAGAUGUCUAAAGCUACUGUUGUGCCAACGUUGGAUAUUGAUCUGGUUUGGCACACCCAUCAAUGCACGGCCAAGAAUUAUGGACAAGCGAUGAAGGUGUUAGCGGGUAAGUUCGUCAAUCAUGACGAUACCAUUGAGAAGCCACAAUUAGGCGAUGGUUUCGGCGAGACAAGAAGAUUGUAUCGAGUGUACUUUGGACAAGAAUAUCGUGCUUGUGGGUGCUGGGAUUGUCAAGCUCUUUUGACGGAACUUGAAAGGGCGGUGGAGGACGGAAAAGAUGUGGAUAUGGAUAAGAUCGCAGCGAAGGUCAAGGGCGAUGUGUUCUAUUAUAGGGCAGUGGAGUGGUCAAGAAGGCAAAAAACGAGCUUGCCAAAGCGACUCGUGGCUGAGAGCUUAUAA